CUCAAGCGGAACCUUUGCGACGGGAGCAAAGGGGACCGAAAUCACAGCCGGACUUGGCAGAGUAGCGCAGAGGAGGCGAGGCCCGCUUGGCGCGCGACGUGCUGCUCAGGAAGGCGCUUCCGUUCGUCGCUUUUGCCGGGUCUGGCUGAGGUGAAACAAGCAAAAUGGUCCAUGCUGAAGCCUUUUCCCGUCCCCUAAGUCGGAAUGAAGUUGUUGGUUUAAUUUUCCGAUUAACGAUAUUUGGUGCUGUAACAUAUUUUACCAUUAAAUGGAUGGUAGAUGCAAUUGAUCCAACAAGGAAGCAAAAAGUAGAAGCUCAAAAACAGGCAGAGAAAUUAAUGAAGCAAAUAGGUGUGAAAAACGUAAAACUUACAGAGUAUGAAAUGAGCAUUGCUGCACAUCUUGUAGACCCUCUGAGCAUGCAUGUAACCUGGAGUGAUAUUGCAGGUCUAGAUGAGGUUAUUACAGACUUGAAGGACACUGUCAUUUUGCCAAUCAGGAAAAAGCAUCUGUUUCAGAAUUCCAGGCUCCUACAGCCUCCUAAAGGAGUACUCCUCUAUGGCCCUCCAGGCUGUGGUAAAACUUUGAUUGCUAAAGCUACAGCAAAGGAAGCAGGUUGUAGAUUUAUUAAUCUUCAACCCUCAACGCUUACAGAUAAAUGGUAUGGGGAAUCUCAGAAGCUGGCAGCUGCCGUUUUUUCCCUGGCUAUGAAACUGCAACCAUCCAUCAUCUUUAUUGAUGAAAUAGAUUCCUUUCUGCGAAGUCGUUCCAGUUCUGACCAUGAAGCCACAGCUAUGAUGAAGGCCCAGUUCAUGAGUCUCUGGGAUGGUCUGGAUACUGACUAUAACUGCCAAGUGAUAGUGAUGGGAGCUACUAAUCGCCCUCAGGAUCUUGACUCUGCUAUUAUGAGAAGGAUGCCCACAAGAUUUCACAUCAACCAACCUGCAGUGAAGCAGAGAGAAGCAAUCUUGAAACUGAUUUUGAAAAAUGAAAAUGUGGACAGUGAAGUGGAUCUCCGCGAAGUUGCUAGAGACACAGAUGGGUUCUCAGGAAGUGACUUGAAAGAAAUGUGCCGUGAUGCUGCACUAAUAUGUGUCAGAGAAUAUGUUAAUUCUACAUAUGACGAAAGCAAUGACGAUGAUGAAAUCCGUCCAGUGAAACAGAAAGACCUGCAACGGGCAAUUGAGAAAAUGAGGAAGUCCAAGGAGGCAACAAAUCAGAACGUUCUAAUGCACGUCAGUUUAGAUUAAGGCUAAACCGCGUGGCGCCGUGGCCUAUGGCCUCUUUUGGGGACUGGUUAUGCCACGUAAAUAGUGGAAAUCAAUUGGAAGCAGGAAUAUCCUUUUAAUAAGUGUUUCUGGAAUUGUUUUUAUAUAUGCUGUUACCUAAAUUAUUGAAAUCUAGUAAUCUUGCAAAAUUGGAUACGGCCUGUGGGAUCGAUCAUGGCAUGGAAGAAUGUAGUCCAGCUCAAAAGCAAUGUCUUGUUUCCUUGUUGUGGCCUUAAAAGCCGACUGUCAGUGGGUUCUAGUGUGGCAUAAUGGUCUACGGAGGAUCAGAGCAGAGCCUAUGUACAUAUGUAUGAGACAGUGUGCAGUUUUGAUACACAGACAUAAUAUGUAGAUAACUUGAAUAUGAAAAGCCGCCUUUUUUUUUUUUUUGCAUUUGUUUUCUGGGUUAAAGUGCAUCAGAUGAUUAAAAGGUUCAGCACACGCUUAUCUAUUUUUGUGGAGUUACCUUAAUGCAAAGCCAGAAAACAUGUUUUUGGAAAUUAUCUUGUUUCUUUCUUGGAAUGCAGGGAAAUCUGACCUCCUUUUUGCAACAUUAACUCGUGGGAUCCGCUGGUGCCAUUUAUUUAGCUAGAAAACACUUUGUGAACAUUUUGAUUUUAUACGAAUCCUAUAAAUUGUUAUUCUUUCCUUUUUUAAAAA